UGGCAACAUAGUUGCCUUGGAGACCAAUAUAAACAAUCAGUUGCUGUCGCGAUAUGAAGAGGAGCCCGAGUAUGGGAGUAAAAGACCAGCUUGGGCAAAAGGUUCCAGAUUAGCGCAAUUUGAGAUUGGAGAACUGUCACUAGCCUCAGUUGCAAUAUGGUAGAUUUUAUUCAAACCACGGAACCUACAAACAAGCGGCUUCAGAGGUCUAGGUACAAAUGGAUUCAUCACAUAGCAACAGAAAAUUCCGGAUGGAGCACGUCAAUUACCCCUGCCACAAUACCAAGCAAGUAUCAAACUGUGAGGUAUGAAAUUCCUGAGAGGAAGGGGUUUGGUUCUCAAGCAAGAAGGUUUGAUGAUGAUUUCCAGAAUGAAAAUCCAGGACCAGGUUCCUAUGAUUACGUUCAUAAAUCAAUCGAAACUUUCAGCACCUCUGUCUCCAAAAGAGGAAUGGGUGGACUUGCAUCCAAAGCAUCCCGUCAAGGGCGGAGAAGCACUUCUCAGACUCCUGGAGCAAAUGCAUAUAAUAUUCCAUCUCCAAUUUUAUCAAAGGUUGAUUAUCACCUGGGGAACAGCAGUAUGUUCCAGCGUCCCAUUGCCAUGAAAAUGGAUGAUCUCAAAAACGUAACACCAGGCCCCAAUGAGUAUAAUAUUUCUAAUGUUUAUCUUGGGAAAACUAACAAUGUCUCUGCUGAGUCGGCAUUUUUAUCAAGAACCAGACGAGACCUGAUUCCACCAGGCAAAUUGAAGGGACCCUCCCCGUGUCAAUACAAAGUCAACCAUUCCCUGACAAAGGAGUCACCAAAAUCCAUAGUCUCUUCAUUUAGAUCCAAAACAAUCCGCCUGAAAUAUCCAAAAGACUCAAACCCAGGACCAGCAACCUAUCAACCCUAUAAAUCAAUGGGACAGGAGCGAACGCAAUAUGCACACUUGCACCCGUGGAAGAAACAUUAUUUGUGUAUUUCCGCUCCUCCCUUCCCAGUACGCAAAAACCCGACUCCUCCUGGUCCAGGUUAUUAUGACGUUGUUGAUUUUCAUGAUCCACCGAAGCACUAUAUGUCCAAUGCUGUGUUUGUAUCUAACACGAGCCGAUGGACUGGGAAUGUUCGAAACAAAGAUGCUCCAGGGCCAGCCUCCUAUGCACCGAAGAAAAGUGGAAAACAAUCUUUCCUGUACAACACUGAUAAAAAAUGGGUGCCAUCAUAGAUAUUGAAGGAGAAACAAGCAAAGACAGAUGGGCUUUUCAAUGAUUUCACUUCAAAUCAGCUUAUCAGACAUAAACUGUGCUUUGGUGGCAUUGGACACACAACAUGGAUUCAUCAUGGAUUUAAAUCAUAAUUCUAUUGUUGAAAAAUAUGAUCAAGUAUUUGAAUUUAUCGUUAAACUUUGGGUGGAGACAGUUUCACUUGCAUGUAUUUUCUAUCAUUGUGAUGGAUGUCGUUCCUAAUGAAGUGUAAACAUUUAUCCGAAAGAAGAACAACUUUAUUGCUUUCUAUAGAAAUGAGUUUUUCUGACAAACCUAUUAAUGAGUCAGUUUUCAUUUAUGUAUUUCUUACAUAAUCCAUGCAUGCAUUGAAAGCAUAAGGUUGUGAUCUAGUUUAAUAUUUAUUUAUUUAUUCACUUCAAGCAAACAUUUUUAGUAACACCUAUUUUCCAAGGUAAAAUUCCAUUAUUAUGGCAGGAAGAAUUUGGAGAGAUUGUGGUGAUUCAAUACUGCACAAAGUAAUAUAUUAUGUCAAAGUCAUUAGUUGUGAGUCAAUUGAAUUUUUCAUUAAUAGUUUAUCUGAAUAAAGAGCAGAACCAUUGUGGUAAUAAUGAGCCAUUUUGCCGAUCCUUCUUUAAACUGAUCUCUUUCAUCAAGAAUUAGAUCAUCUGACCUAAUAUCACGAAGGCGAUGUACUGCAGAUCGUGAAAUCUGAAAUAAAUUCAAAAAAUGCUGGAAAUACUCAGCGGGUCUUGUGGCAUCAGUGUUGAGAGAAACAAUUAAGAUUUUAGGUCUGUUACUUUACAUCAGAGCUCAUCUUGUUGGUUGAAUUAUCAGCCUUGAUGAAAGGUUAUCAAAGAUCAUAAAAGGCUUUGGUGUCCCCACUGGUUAACUGGCUCCAGCCACCGCACUAUAUUGAAAGACUUUUGUAAGAUUCAGUUUUUGUUUGCAAAGUGCCUUCCAGUCAUUUACAUGGCUGUCUUGGCUGUUUUCAGGUUGUGAAGUGUUUGAGGUGUUGGGUUUAUGUUUUGCAUCAUGUCAGUUUUUUUUGCAAUAAUGAGAGAUAUCACCUCAGUUGAUAUUGCUCAAACCUUAUAUAGGUUCCACUUUUAACGAAUGAUGCUUUAGCUGUUUCUUAUAUAUUUGAACUUAACAAAUGACAAGCUUCAUCAAUAUUGGCAUUGGUAUAACCCAAUAAAUUGUUAGUAAGUAGCAAUCAUUCUAAUGUCAGUGUAAAGUACAGGUCUUUGCCAUCAUUAUUUGUGCGAGGGAUUUUGAUAUGUGCCAUCCAUCAUGUUUAGAAUUUCAGGGGUGAAUCUUAGUAGUUGCUGUCACAAACUGAAUGUUGGGUUUGAAUCAUCUGUUUCUUUCAAUUCCCAGUUUUGAGAGUUUGAUGCCUCUUUCCUGAUUAUUUGUACAACUGAGCUUAGACUUUCUCGGCUUUAAAUACGGUUCUAACCAAAUCCUCUUACAAAUUAAGACCCUUACAAUGAGGUAACAUAUUUUAUAACUGUUCUGAACUAUCUCCUUUCUUCAGGAGAAAAUUUCUUGCAUACAACUCCAACCAGGACUCUUUCCUUAAUCAAAUAAAUAUCAAACUAAGCUAAUUAUUUUUAAUCAAAACAGAAAUUUCAGGAGAAACACAACAGUUCUGGUAAUAUCUGUGGGAAGAAAGUUGUUAUCAAUCAUCAGAAAAGUCACUGGAAAAUUGAAAAAUUAACUCUGCUUUUGUUCAAAUCUCUGGUUCUUUGUUUUAAUUCUUUUCAAUGUUUCUUCUCUGACUC